AUGUCCCUCCACAGAUCGUCGGCGACGGUCGGCGACGACAAGAGCGGCAAGGGCGGCGGCGGCGGAUCGUCGGUGGUGGUGGGAAAGGACUCCUCCCGACACCUGUGGGGGAUCCCUAACGUCGUGUACACGUUCACGCACGGGUUCAUGAUGGAGAUGCUGCAGCUCAAGAUGCUCAAGAGCCAGACCAACCUCCUCAAGACGAGCAUCCAGAAGCUCAAAGACAGGCUCGAGACCCAGAAGAGACACGAGCAAUUCAAGAACCAGACCAUCGACAAAUCCCAAAAGCAGAAGGCCGGAACGCUGUCCGUCAUGAAGUACAAGGUCACCAUGUCACAGGCGGCGACGAACGCGCGCGAGUCCACCCGGCGACGGAAGAACUCUGUGACGUCGAGGGCAAUGCAAAGGGUCAAGCGCCCCGUGCAGCAGAAGUGGACGGAGGCUCUGGACUGGAAGAAGCGGAGCUGUCUCCUCACGGGGGAGAGCCUGUCUCUCUUCAGCGACCCGAAGGACACGGAGCCGAGCCAGAUCGUGUACCUUAAGGGCGCCACGGCGGAGCCCGAGCUAGGACAGGCUUUCAAGGACUCGGCCUUCCGCGUGGAGACGAACAAGUGGAAGAAGGGCGACGAGGUAGUGGACGGGACGGAGCGGCGGACGUUCACGUUCCUCGCCGAGAGCAAGGACGACAAGGAGCUGUGGCUGUACCAGAUCAGGUGUGGCACAAAGACCUGUUCCUGA